GCGAUUUGAACAGCUGAUGAAGCAGUUCGCUAAUUUCGUGAUGGGUGGACCCAAAAUCCGUGGAUCAGUUCUUUACUGUGGUGGCACAAACUGGGACCUCAUUGGACGACGGGAGUUGCCAAAAAAUGCAAAAGGAGCAAAGGGCAGAAACCUGUGGGCACCACAUCGACUGAGUGGUUUGGAAGGUGUCCAAGUGAGAACGGUUGUGUCUGGUAAUGCAGCCUGCCACAGUGUUGUCAUAACAACGGAUGGCGUGGCUAUGAGCUGGGGUCGAAAUGACAAGGGGCAGCUUGGGCAUGGCCACGCUAAUCGAGUCGACGUACCACAACGCAUCGAAGCCCUGGCAGAAAUUAACGUUGUCGAUGCAGCCUGUGGAAGAAAUCACACGCUAUGCCUCACAGAUCGUGGCGAAGUAUAUGGCAUGGGCGAAAACAAAAUGGGCCAGCUUGGUAUAGGGAACCAGCAACCAGCUGUGCUGAUUCCAAAAAAGAUUCAUCGCAAGGGACCACCAAUUGUUAAGAUAGCGUGUGGGGCCGAGUUCUCAGUGAUAGUGGAUCUUAAUGGAAAUCUCUACACACUGGGAUCACCAGAGUAUGGACAGUUAGGCCACAACACAGAUGGUAAGUAUUUCGUCACAAGCAACAAAUUGGCAUACUACUGUGAGACAGUACCACGCCAGGUGGCGCUAUUCAUCGAGAAAGAUCGAGAUAAUCGCAUACAGCCCGUAAUGGACGUCUUUAUCACAGAUGUUGCCUGUGGAAACAAUCACAGUGUGGCACUGGACAACAAGAAGCGUGUGUACACGUGGGGCUUCGGCGGAUAUGGACGCCUCGGUCACGCCGAGCAGAAGGACGAGAUGGUUCCGAGAAUGGUGAAGUUCUUUGAUGGUCCAAAGCGUGGCGCGUGUAGGAUAUUCGCCGGUUCCGCCUAUACCAUGGCCGUCAGUGAGCUUGGUGCCCUGUAUUGUUGGGGUCAAACGAAAGCAACUGGUGAGGCGAUAAUGUAUCCGAAACCCGUUCAGGAUCUCAGUGGCUGGACCAUUCGCAGUGUGGGAUGCAGCAACCGAAGCAUUGUGGUGGCUGCAGAUGAAAGCGUUGUUAGCUGGGGACCCAGUCCAACGUAUGGAGAGCUGGGUUAUGGUGACAACAAGCCGAAGUCGUCGACUCGGCCCGAGGAAGUGAAAACGCUGGCGAAGCACUACAUCUACGCUGUAGCGUGUGGCUAUGGACACACGCUCAUGAUCGCCCGAGACGACUCGGAAGAGGAGAAGCAGAAACUCGAAACGCUACCGAUGUUCAAGCCGUAAGUGGUGUCACACGCGAGUCGUCUGCACGUUAUUCGCUGUCGACUCGAAAAGCAGAAACGUCGAUGCUUUACAGUUACUGAACGGUUGCUAGCCACAAAGGGCAGUGCAGCCACAUGCGUCAGCCGCCCAGCGUGAGCUGAACAUUUCUUGCGGGUCAGAACUUUUGAUACGAUUUCAAGCGACUGUUGUCGUGCUGCCGGUGAAGCGGUUUUAUUCAUGAAUUUGCUGGUUCAUGAAUGUUGCCGGUGGCACGUACUGGGUAAACACAUCACUGGCUUGUCUGUGUGUGUGUGUGUGUGUUGUAGAAAGUACUACCAUCACCCAAAUGUCAUGACACAUACUUCUCUACCCCCUAUCUCUUGGGGUUUAGUUGGCUCUCGUUGUACCAUGAACUGAACUAGCGAAUGUGAGUGUUCGUGGUCAUUGGAUUGUUGGCACGCUGUAUAUUAUGUUAAAACAUUUAAACGCCUCCACGUCAGUACCUCCCUAAAUAAGUACGUUUAGGACAAGGUGUCACAGUAAUGAUUGGGUGGAGCUGCUGACAAAAGGGGUAGCUGUCUAUCACUCUGAGCUAGUUUCUGUUCUGCAGAUUCAAUAAUAUUACCAGGGUGUGGUGCUGUAACAGCACACUGGUACUAAUUUUGUACCCAAAUGAGAUAGAAUGAUGUUUAAAUUCUUGAAAGCAAUGUUCCUACAUACUUAUUCAAAACUGUAGGACACCUUCUGAGAAGCGAUUCACAACUCACGACUUGGGUUUUCCAGAAGAUGUCCGCUUCGUAGUAAGAGGGAAGUCUCAAAAAUCAAUUUGCCAUGUUCUCGAGCGAGUACUACAAGAAAUAGUGCUUGGAGUCGAACCAUGUUGAAAUCUCAUGAGGCUAGAUACUGUGUACAUACUGUGACCUCGAAUUUUCUAGUUUUCUGCAUUCUGCAUGAUUUGAAACAUAUUAUCAUGUUUGUCGUUGACUGUUCCAAGUCCUCAGAUAUAAUGCCCUUGUGAUGCCAUGUCAAUUCUAGUGUUCCUCAAUUGUGUUUAUACAGAAUUCUUCUGCCCGUGGCAUUUUGAUGUUAGAAUUACUAUGUGAAAAAUAAGUUCAAUAUUACCGUUUCUGUGUUUCUGUACAGAGUAGAAUAUGUGUUAGCACCAUCUGUUGCUGCGAUCUCAUUUGAGGAUGUUCGCAUGACAGUUGUCUGUAUACAUGAUUGUACUGUGUUAUACUGAAUUUUGUAACGUCGGUGUUUACCAGUGUAGAUUGUAAUUUUAAAGUGAAAGUAAAUGAUGUAAUAAUAUUUGGGGAGUGGUAAACGAAGAAGCAUGUUUAUGCCGUAGGGGCGUAGAGUGUUCUAUUUGCACACGUACUUGCUGUCGUCAGAUGCACAUAGGGGCAAGGUUGUUGGUGGUGGGUUAUUCACAUAGCAGUUUUCCAGACCAGCGAAAACUGAUGUGAGUGAUCAGGACAGUGUACAGCAUUUCCAGGCCUAGUAGGGUGUAUUUCUCACCCUGCACGUGAUGACACCACAGGCCUGUAUACACAGAACUGUCCUCCAUCGCAACCUAUAGUUUUUAAAUGGUUCCUUUAUCAUCUCUUUGUCUCCUUGAUAUAUCUGUCAAUAAGUUGUAAUAUAUGUUUCCUGGAUGGAUCAUGUUGUGUCGAGGAAAAUGUGGUAUGCCAUUCACACAGUUGGUGAAUUUACAUGUGUGCACAGUUAAUGUUAUUCAUAUAUAGAUUGUGUAAGAAUUCAGAGUGAUUAGACUCCGAUAAGCCUAAUAGACCAACUACCUCUGAAAAAUCUUUCGUAACCAAACGUCAUGGAAAACCCAGUCCUAUUCAAUGGAAUAUAGGGAACUACAUAUAAAUGUUAAAAGUUUUCGUGUAGUGCUUAAGCAGAGCAAGUACAAGCAGCCUAUAUCAAGACUGUUUCCAAAACAUAAAUAUUAUGUACAUGUAAAAA